CACACUGAAGCGUACAACCAGAUAGCUCGUAAGGAUAGCUGGUGUGAUCUCUCGUAUGGGUAACACGUAGGACCUCACAUUUGUCAGGGUGAAAACUAAGUUGCCAAUUUUCGCUCCAUUUCUGUAGCGUGUUGAGGUCACAUUGAGUCCACAAUUUUAAUUUAAGUACUCGGAAAAUGCAAAAGAGCCAUGUGAGUGCAGGGACAGACGGCUUUUUACGGACCGGCUCAAGUCAAACCCUACGGCCUUUUUGAUGAACUUGCAACCCAUCCGGAAGGGAUGCAGUAUUCCCAGUCUUUGCUAUGAAAACCCAGACGAGCUCCUACAAUGAGGCUCAAGGGCUGCAGAACAAACUUGAACCUUUUUUCUUGUAUAUAUACAACCUAUCUUUGACCUCUGUACAAUUUUUUAUCAGGAGAGUUUCAAUGUGUUUGCAUAUCGUUUUUGUUUCUUUCUUUAGAAACAAGCUGCAUCGUCCGGUAAAAGUGAAUUUUUGUCGUCUCUGGUGAAAUUAAAGGACGCUCUACAGGCUCACAGUAAAGAUCAAAAGAGUCCAAAGGAACUAUCAAUGUCCAAGAGUCAGGUGGAAGUGAACAGUCAUCCCUAUAAAGAUGAUGCAGCAAAGACAAAUGGUUCCCCGUUAGCAAAGCCGCUUCCACUGAGUACUGACGAAGUCAGAGAAGACGCGACAAUGUGGCGAAUCACAACAACUCGAAAGCUUGCGGAAUUUGAGCACAAGAUGGCGUCCGUGCGAGACGAUUUGGAUAUCAAUCCGAUGAUGGAUAAUCCAGUGUUUUCGACAGGGAGUUCUGUUAAUCUGUUUUGCCCUUUGUGUCAUGAAAUGUUUGUGAACCCUCGACUGUUGCCAUGUCUGCAUACGUUUUGUAAAAGAUGUUUGGAAAACCUUGUGGUCCCGAGGUCAAGUUCGCUCAGCUGCCCUGCUUGUCGUACAGAUGUCCCUCUCACGGAGCGUGGUGUCGGCGCUUUCCCGCCAAAUUUCGUGGUAACCACCAUGAUGGACGUGGCGGCAGUGCGCGCGCACGAUAAGAACCCGAUCAUGUGUAGCAGCUGUGAAGACAAACUCCCUGCGGCUGCGCGGUGUAUCGAAUGCAUGGACUUUCUCUGUCAUGACUGUAGAAAUGCUCACAUGAGACUGAGGCUAACCAAGACUCACAGGGUUGUGUCCUUAGACGAACUCAAAUCCAGUCCACGUCCUGAAGAUUUACUCCAUCGUCCAAUCUUCUGCAUGGAACAUACCCAUGAAAAGCUAAGGUACUACUGCGAGAGCUGCGAACAAGCUAUUUGUCGCGAGUGCACCAUGACUUCUCACUCGACGGAACGUCACAAAUACACCCAGUUGACUGAUACCAUCGACAAGCAGACUCAAAACAUUUCUCAGCUGGCAGAGAAACUCAAAAGGAAGGUCCCAAUUGUCACGCAAUCUACCAAAGACGUGGAGGAAGUCACAUGCCGACUCGAGGCCCGGGCGGAAGUGGCAAAGUCUGAGAUUCAGAAAUGCUUUCCUCGUAUUUUAAAAGCUCUACAAGAUCGCGAAAAAGGAAUGAUGGCUGAAGUAGAGACUAUGGUACAAAGAAAAUCAAAAGUCCUGGGAUUACAACAGGAAAGAUUGGAAAAUGAAUUAAAACGUCUUACAACUACCUGCAACUUUACAGAGGAAGUUUUGAGGCAUGGAAACUCUGUGGAAAUCCUUGUCAUAAAGAAACAGCUUUGUGACAGACUAAAUGACCUCAUCUCCACCAAGUUUCAAGGAGAGCCCGAAGAAAACGACGUCAUCUACUUUGUGGCCAACCAGGAUGAAGUUCUGAAGGCACUUGAGAACCUUGGGCAGAUUAAAACGAGUAACGCCUUCCCCACCAAUUGUACGGUAGCCGAUGACAUGAAGAAUGCAACGAAGGGAAGGAGAUCAAAAUUUACAGUUCUUACGCGUGAUCACAGUGGGGCCCAGUGUACUGGUGGCGGUGAGGAUGUAAUGGUUGAUGUGUACACGUCAGAUGGAAGAACCGUGCCUGCCGAAGUAAGACCGCUUGGCUCCUCCCCAGGCUCUUCACAUGCGCUCUCUCGCUACAACUCACAAAAUGUUGAGGACCACAGAAAUGGUUCUUACGGAGUCAGUUACAGUCCUUUUAAUGUUGGAAUGCACAAGGUGUCCGUGACUGUCCGAGACAAGCACAUUCAAGGUAGUCCUUUCAAAGUCAAUGUUGUCAACAGCGGGGAGUCGUAUCUCAAGUUUGGCAAAAAAGGAACGGAAAUUGGAGAAUUCAACGGGAUAUUUGGCGUUGCUGUUGACGACGAAGGGCGCAUCAUCAUCACAGACUGCCACAACCACAGAGUGCAAGUUUUCAAUCAAAAUGGCGGAUUCAUGUUCCAGUUUGGACGCAAAGGGGAGGGUAGUGGACAGUUCCAAUGUCCCACUGGGGUAGGGGUGGAUCCUGAUGGGAGGAUUGUUGUCUGCGAAAGACUGGGCAGCAGAAUGCAGAUAUUUGAUCGAGAUGGAAUGUUCCUUCAUAAAUUCUCCGUUCCAGACCUUAAGGCCUCCACACUAGCAGUAGAUGCUAAUAGAAGAAUCAUUGUUGCUGACUCAGCAAAUCGCUGUAUUCACGUCAUCUCACUGGAUACAGGUCAGUCUUUCAAGUUUGGUUCUUUUGGAGACGGCAAUGGCGAACUGAAUUACCCAUGCUACGUUGCGGUGAAUUCUCAGGGUCACAUCAUUGUGUCGGACAUGCACAGCCACCGUAUUCAGGUAUUUGAUCCACGUGGUCGUUUCAUGUUCAAUUUCGGCCGCAAGGGGAGUCAGGACGGGGAGUUAAUGCGCCCCACUGGGGUAGCAGUGGGUCAUGACGGAAACAUUAUUGUCGCCGACCGAGACAAUCAUCGGAUUCAAGUCUUUUCCAGUGAGGGACGUUUUGUCACGAAAUUUGGUACUAAGGGGGAUGGUGACGGUCAACUGAACGACCCACAUGGCCUCGCUUUGACGCCGGAAGGAAAUAUAAUUGUUGCAGACUUUCGAAAUAAUCGUGUCCAACUUUUUGGGCAACCGGCAUGAAAGUAGAGUUUUGAAAACGUUCGCUUAGUGAAAAUGUGCAAGUAUUCGUACGGGACACAAGUUCCGAACACUAGAGAGAGAAUGGGCACUGGAUAGGUUGCGGAGAUGGCAAAUAUUUGGAGUACGGCUGUAGCGUUAGAUCGCCCUGGGCACGUGUUUGGUGGAAUGUAAACAUGUGACCAGAAUCUCGCAUAGUUCCAUUUCUCCGAGGAGUUGAUGUUAAUUUAGGUAUAUAAUAUCAGUUAUUUAAACUAUGAAAUGGUAUCAAGGAAUUUUUGGGAAGGAGUGCAACAAAUCAAUCCCUAGUUUUCUUCUUGCUGUAUCUUACAUAUCCUGUUGUAUCUAAUUAAACUUUUAGGCGUAUAGAUACAAGCUAAGAGGCAAAACGCCUUAACUUCAUUUAUUUUUAAUCAAAAUUCGCUUCAGUCUGCUUUCGGUCUCUCAUGAAACGCGCAUGGGGCGCAUGGGGCGCAAGGUGGGGGUGGAGGCGAAUCUCCCAAAGUCUGGUAUUUAAAAAAAUAGAAAAAAAAAAAAAAACUCUCAUAAAGGGGAAAUAAUUAUAACAACAAAAUUUGGCAUCACAUCGUACUUAAAAUAAGUAACAAUACAUUUUCUAAAUUCGUCACAUCUGUAGUGUUUAAAGUAAGGAAAUUUGGGCAGAAAGGCACCACCACCCACCCCCGCUGAGGUCUGUUAAAAGUCCGUGUGCCAUGGUGUGAAUGGUGGUACUAUUCUAUCCCAACUUUCAAUUCCUUUUUUUUUGGGGGGGGGGAGGGUGGUGAUGUGAAAUAAAUCUAAUAAGUUUGAACCGAAAAAAGGACAAUUACCAAAGGUAAAACUAAACCAAUGCCUAUUUAAUCUAGAAAAGCUAAACAAGUGCCUUGCUUUUGUUUUUGGAAGAAGCUUUGGUUUUACAUAAAAAAAAUUUAAAUUCUCAUCUUAUUGGCAAUUUUUCUCACAAUAAUCUGUGGGUAGCUUGCCUUGCAGAAUAUUCUUUAGUCGUUGACUUUUCCAGUGCCUUUUAAAGCAAAAAUUGUAACAAAAAUUCAAUACAAUUUGGAAAAGUGCCGAUUACCGGUAAUCAAACAAGCCUGUGUUGCAAUCUGUGGAAUAACUUCUGUUCUAGCUUGACAUUUUUAUCUUCUAUUUUUGUAUGUUUUGUAAUACAUUUUUGUUUUAUUUUUUAUAAUUUAAAAGAUCUUUUAGAGGCAUUGGUAAUGAUUUUGAGACAGGGACCACUCUCAUACAGGAAACUGUAAUGACUUUAAACUUUACUUAUAAAACAGUAACUUUACCCUUAUUAGCUUUCAUGAAAAUCAUAUCCUUAAUGAUUCCUUUUGUUCUAUAGGAGAUUAAGUCAAAAGUGAUAUAUUUGUCAUGAUCAAACUGUUUCACUGUUUGACAGAGGCUAGCUAUGAUAACAUAACGAGCUAUGAUUUCAGCAAAACAUGACCAUCAAAGUUUGUUCUCUGAUUUAAGGCUUAGCUGCAAAUUCUUUGCAAUAGCAUGCACGAGUUUUAAGAAUUAUUGUGUUUAUUGAGAUCAGAGGAAUAAAAGAAAUCAUAAAAGUUAGAGGUAACAGAAGUUUGAUCAAAUCAUAUUUUUAUUGAAAAAUUGCAACAAAAUUACACUUUUGCAUUGAUGUAAGCGUAGAAUUCCCAGUUGUUUUUUAUUAAUCAGGGCCAUUUGCUGUUCCACAUAAAAAUAUGUCACAAGCAUUUUAAGAUUUAUAUUCAUUUUUGUAUCAAUUAAGCACGUUGUCUUUAGAAGUAAAGGCUUUGAAUAGAACACAUUUAGCUGAGUUAAGACAGGUAGGGUGAAAUAAUUUCCAUUCAAUAAAGCAAAAAUAAAACCAUUUCACAAGUUAA